CGAUAACAGGUACUUUGUACGCUAGCUGUUAUGAUUAACGACGUCUGGCGAGUUAGUCAAAUAACUCAAGCGUUAAAAUGUGUAAAAAGCAAGGAGACAGUCGAGUAAAACCCCGCCGCAGCUUUUACCACAGUCAGCUCUCUAUCGUGUGUUACUUUAGUUAUUUGUCAUAAGGUUAUUUCGCUGAAGUAACGAUGCCGCACUGGCUUGCUGAGGCCUUACAUGUGACUGCAAAAACAAUGAGGCUGAGAAUGCGUAAGGCGUCUCAGCAGCCGAACCCCACUCUGGCGAGCCGCCCAUCCCGUACCAAGCGGAGGCACUCUGAAGUCGAAGAAGACACUCCUACUAGUGGAGGAAGGGGGUUGUUCUCGACCAUCAAAAAGUUCAUCAGAGGAAACGCUGUCAAGGUGCAGCAGGAGAGCCCAGCCAAGAAGACACGGCUCAACUGUGAUGUGGACAACAACCUGAUCACCUCCACUCCCAACACAAACACCCCCCGUAAGACUAUCAGCAGGGUUGGCAGAAGAGGCCCCCUUAAUGGACAGGCAACCAAUCAUGACAGGAGUAAGGAGAAGCCCAACGGCAGUCUGGAGGAAACGACAGCCGUUGAAGUGGCUGCCAGCCCUCCCAGGACCACUCUUCUGGGGACCAUCUUCUCCCCUGUCUUCAACUUUUUCUCACCAGCUAAAAAUGCCUCCUCUGGCUCAGACUCCCCAGACCAGGCGUUGGAGGCUGAAGAGAUUGUCAAACAGCUGGACUUGGAGCAGGCUACAGAGACGGCCACCAGCACAGCUACAUCCACACAGGAAGUGUGUGCGCCCACUAACUUCUACUCUAGUGUAACGCAGCUGCCUCCUCUACGACCUCCACACAUCCCUGAGAUGUCUCCAGCAGUAGAGGAGGGGGAGCUUGAAGCUGACGCUGACCUCCCACCACUCACAGCUCCUGGUUCAAGUCCAGAGAUGUCAUAUGUGGACUCUCCUCCUGCUGCAGUGCCACCAGAGGCUUCCUACGAGGAGGACUGGGAAGUUUUUGACCCGUAUUUCUUCAUCAAACACGUCCCUCCACUGACAGAAGAGCAGCUCACUAGAAAGCCAGCUCUGCCACUAAAGACACGCAGCACGCCUGAAUUCUCCCUGGUCUUAGACCUGGAUGAAACCCUGGUUCACUGCAGUUUAAAUGAGCUGGAGGAUGCAGCACUUACCUUCCCUGUCCUCUUUCAAGAUGUCAUUUACCAGGUAUAUGUGCGCCUGAGGCCAUUCUUUAGAGAGUUUUUGGAGCGCAUGUCUCAAAUCUAUGAGAUCAUCCUCUUUACAGCCUCUAAAAAAGUGUAUGCAGACAAAUUGCUCAACAUCCUGGAUCCUAAAAAGCAGCUAGUAAGACAUCGGUUGUUUCGAGAGCAUUGUGUCUGUGUCCAGGGAAACUACAUAAAGGACCUCAACAUCUUAGGCAGAGACCUGUCAAAGACCAUCAUCAUUGACAAUUCACCGCAAGCCUUUGCUUAUCAGUUGUCCAAUGGGAUCCCCAUAGAGAGCUGGUUCAUGGACAAAAAUGACAAUGAGCUGCUGAAGCUGGUGCCCUUUCUGGAGAAGCUCGUCGAGAUGAACGAGGAUGUGCGACCGCACGUUCGGGAGAGAUUCCGGCUUCAUGACUUGUUGCCCCCUGACUGAUCUGGACCACAGUCUUUCAGAACUGGACAACAUGAAAAGAAUGAAACAACACGCGUGUAAAAAGCCCCUCUUUGGAUUACAAACUACAACAUUGCCAUUACUGUUAAAAUUUUGGCCUUUUUCGUCUUUGAUUUUUUUAAAACCCACCGUUUCUUUUUAAAACUAAAAAAGGACAUUUUUAAAUAUCUGGGUAAAAUUUCUUAAUACCUAAAUAAAUAUAUGGAUGAAAUGACACACUAUCAAGAAGCCCAGGCAAACUCCUCUUUUUGACUGACUCCAGCGGUGGAGCCGGAUCGUCUCUACACUUAAUCCUGCAGUCUUGGUGCUGGUUUAGUGGAUCUGAAAGAGGAACUCUGCCCUGACCGAGUCCCUGAACCCAAACCAACCCCCUGGUGCUCACGCUGUUGACACUGAUGAAUAACGACACUCUGUGGCUGCAGACCAUUUUCAGCAGGAAUGACUGGCCUGUAAAUGAAUCUGUGCAUGUGUGUUUGUUUACUUCUCGCCACACUCAACACAAACACACACACUGAUUUAAUGUUUGGUAAAACUACAAUCUGUAGCCUUUAAAUCAUAUGCAUUCCUCCGUAGCCGAGUCAAGUUUCUAUUGUUGGUUGCAGUUAUUUUCUGGUAAAACUGGUGUUUUAUUGUUAAAAAAAAAAUAGCGUUUCAAAAUGUUUUACUUCUGUUUGUAAGAUAUGAUAUUUUAAAAGGGGUCAUUAAUUGUAAGCCUUUUUCCUAGUAGGAGAAUAUGGGUGUGUGUUAAUGAUGACAGUCCACUGCAUAGUCAAAUGAAAUGGAAUCAGUCCAGGACAUUUAAGAAUAGUUUGUUCUCAUUCUAACACAACAAGCUUGAAUGAAUUUUUGGCUCCACUGUUGACAACAUGGCUCCUUAAUUAAAUGUUAGGAUUAAGAAUCUUCUUACCUGUAAAUCUGACGUAUUGUAAAGGUUUUAGGGCAUUCAUUUUCAAAGUGAUCUGUGUCAACCUUUCUUUAAAAAUAGUAUUUGAUUUUUCAUUUGUCUGUAACCAGUAUUUUCUUUUACUCCUAAUCAAACAUACUGGCUAAGUAAGAGCAGUUUCUUUUAGUUGUAAUGUUUUAUUUGAUGGCUAUAUCAGUAGCAUUAUGACUAAUGUAGCACAUCUCUGCCAGUGUGUCAUGAAGUCUACCUAUGGUAGGAAUCUAUGGCCAGACCUUGUACCAGCCAUAUCUGGCACCAGCAACAUACUGUUUUAGUCAGCUUGACUGGCUGCUCCUCUACCUGUUUCAUACAUUUUUACAUUGUACUCAUUAGCUUUUGUGUUUUUUCUUUUUAUGUUUAGCGCAGUUUAAAGCAUUGUGUUUAAGAAUGGUAACUAUAUGAAUGUUUAUCUGCCCGACUUCAGCCUGAAAGACUCAAGCCAAACUGACAUUUUACUCCUCUGUUGUUUUACGUUUAUAUUGUUAACAGUGAGGUUACAGAAGUGUGGAUGCCAUGUUAGCACCCUUACAAGCCACAACAUGGGAGGAAUAGAGCCCAUCAGUCUGAACCCUCUAGCGUUAACCUGAACCACAUUGACAAUUUGGCAUGCAUUGUUAAACCUUUAAAGAUCUUGGUCAGUUUGAAUCAAAGUGCAUUUUAUGUUAAAGCAAAUAAGAGUGUUUGGGUUUGUCUGAGUUGCCUGUAUUGUGCCAUAAGAAGCGCCUCUCCCUGAUUAUCUGUAGUCUCACCUAACAAAAAAUGCGUAGAUUGAAAGAGACAAUCAGACCUUGACGUUUUUGCAGAUACUGAACUUCCCCUUUUUCUUUGAGUGUGCCGUACAUCUCGAGUACUCCGCUUCCAUUGAGUCGCUCCCUCCCUGAUUACAUAUGCAGGUUAAUCUUGCUUCGCCCCGCCCAAACAAUCCCUGCUGCUUGCUUUGACUGCAGAGAUGUUUCCCAUCUGUUGAGCAUGUGCUCACCUUCGCCUUUUUUGUCCCCACAAGAAGUUAAUAGCUCUCCAGAAAAUAGAAUUAGUUUGUAUUCAAACUAAAAUUGUUACAGGGCACAAUGGUGUUUGCUCAGACGUAAUGUUAAGAGUGCACAAUGUCCAGACUAUGAAUGUAAAUUGUACAUGGGGGGUAAAGUCUUAAGUCUUUCCAAAUUCCUUAUUUUCUUCUCACCAACAUGAACAAACAGGUGAGGAGAGACGGCAGCUAACACCUGCCAUUAAUGCGUCAAAAAAAAAAAAAAAAAAGAAAGAAAGCUGAGGCAAGAACAAUGUGUAUGGAAGAGGAAAUGCUUAAGGUCCCACCAUGGUUUUCCCCUCCCCUGCCCCCUAAGCCCCCUCAUCAUCCUGACUGCCAGCUUUCAGUAUGCAAGCCUCACCCUGAGUGUGUGAUGUGGCCCAGGUGUGCUCGUCUGCUCAGUUGGCUGUGUGAUGACAUAAAAUUUUCAGUCAUGGCUUGUUUUUGAAGGACCGGUGGGAGGCUUUUAAUACCUUUCAUCCAGCUCAUUUUUAUGUGCAUUACCAGUUUAUUGUACACUGAGCGUUGUACAAUACAUGCAGCUUCAUGUUUUUAAAAAAAAAUCCUUAAAGUAAGGAAAAUCUUUUGUAUUUUUGAUUUCAAAAGGCAUGUCAUAUCUACUUUUUAAAUGUAUUAAUGAAGAUUUAACUUUACUUCAGAUGGAGUGUUUUUUUUUUUCUUACAAAUAUCUGUAUGUUUAGUUUAGCGCAAAUGUUACUGAACUGUUAAACUUAGCAUGUAGAGAAUACAGCUGCUUUGUAGGAAAGUCCUGAAUUAAAUUUUAAUCAUGGAACUUUUCUGCAGAAAAGCGCAAUCGUGUUAAUUUUUUUUUUUCAAUAUCUGUUAAGCCAUUUUACUUGCAAGAAUUGCUAUUUGUGCUGAAGAUGUAUUUAAAAUGUUUUAAGACAUCUUUGUUAGCCAUCGGGCUACAUGCUAUUGUAAAGUGUAUAUACAGUUACAUUGAAUUUCUGAAACAAAGUUUUAAAGUUAAAAA